UUUUCGCCGUUCAGUCGUCCCUUCACUAGCUGGGGUAUACAGGGUGCAGACGACGUCCCUCUCACACCUCUUAAAUGACUGAAAAUAUUGAACCCAGUAAUGGUCAGGGAGAGGUGGUUUCAGCAGGUGAGGGAGGAGGAGGUGGUGGGGAGGGAGGAGGUGGUGGUGGUGGAGGAGAGGGAGAGGGAGACCAGCAGGUCGCCCUGGCAGACUCCGCCGGACCUCCUGCCGCCCAAGACCCUGCUGCACAAGACGGAGGCCAGCAACAGGCUCGUCAACCUACCGCCGGAGAGUCUUUCAUGGCCAUCACCAAGUCCCUCGUCAUCAGAGCCAUCAUAAUAUACUUCAUAACAUCCUUCUUCAGACGUCCUCAGCAACCCACUGGGCCUCAGGGUGGGACAGAGGGACAGUUGGAUCCCAGUGGACGUAACCCAGCCCUAAAUCUAUUCAAGGACGGACAAAUUAUGGACCUUUAUGUCUACAUGGCUGAGUUUGAUGACUUGCCUCCCUUCAGGGACCCCAAAGCCCUGGUGUGGUGUAAAAAAGACCUCGUUUUUGGAGACUGGACGAGUGGACCCAAUGGAGAUGGAACCUAUACCAAGUCAAUUACCUUCAACACAUCUUCGUUUCUACGGAACAACGGCUCGAUUUACCUCCACGUGUACUUUGUGAUGAGCGGGAACUCCCCCAACCCUGCCGAUGGUCUUGAAGGUUACAAUAAGAAGUACACAGUGUACAGCUCACAGCGACUCAAUAAAUACAAGAGGCGUCGCUACAAGAAGACCAGCAACCUCAUCACCGGAGAGACUAAGCUUACUGACGAGGAGGUCAUGAAAGCUGAUACUCUCAAGGAGGAAGUUGUGUCUCACUGGCACCCAAACAUAACCGUCAACAUGGUGUAUGACUUCACCCAGUGGACGCCCGGAGCGGUGCCGCCGCCCCUCGACGAAUACAUGGAGUUCACGCCCGCAGGAGACAGGUACAAACCGAUUGUCUUCAUGAACACGUACUGGAACCUGGUGAAGGACUACCAACCCAUCAAUCAUACCUCCGAGAUCCUGGACCUGAGCGUCACCUUCCAGCCGCUCUCCCUCUUUAGGUGGCAGCUGUAUGCCGCUCAGGCCAUGAAGAGCAGGUGGCCGGGGACUGCCAUGUUGGAGGGUCUGGGCGGGGAGGAGGACGAGGAGGACCAGGACACCAUCAAGGAGGCCUUCCUGGAGACGUCUCCGUACCUGCUGGCUCUCACCAUCAUCAUCUCCCUCCUCCACUCUGUGUUUGAGUUCCUCGCCUUUAAGAAUGAUAUCCAGUUUUGGAACAACCGUGAGAGUCUCGAGGGCCUGUCGGUGCGUUCAGUUUUCUUCAAUGUGUUCCAGUCAGUCAUUGUACUUCUCUAUGUGCUGGACAAUGAGACCAACUUUGUUAUUAAGGUGUCGUGCUUCAUAGGCCUUGGUAUUGAGCUCUGGAAAAUCACUAAGGUGACCAAUGUUUCCUUAAACCGAGAGAGGAGGAUCAUGGGUAUCCCCACACUUAAAUUCACCGACAAGGGAACGUACAUCCAUUCCUUGACGAAGCAGUACGAUGAACUAGCCUUCCAGUACCUGUCAAUGGCGCUGUUUCCCUUACUGGGAGGCUACUGUAUGUACUCCCUGGUGUACGACGAGCACAAGGGGUGGUACUCCUUCGUGCUCUCCAUGCUCUACGGCUUCCUCCUCACCUUCGGUUUCAUCAUGAUGACGCCUCAGCUGUUCAUCAACUAUAAGCUCAAGUCUGUGGCUCAUCUGCCCUGGAGGAUGCUCACCUACAAGGCCCUAAACACCUUCAUCGACGACAUAUUCGCCUUUGUAAUUAAGAUGCCGACCAUGUAUAGGUUAGGCUGCUUGAGAGACGACGUCAUCUUCUUCAUCUUCUUGUACCAGCGUUACAUAUAUCGUGUUGAUCCUUCAAGAAUGAACGAGUUUGGGUUCUCACAAGACAUGGAGAAGCACGCGAAGGAGAUGAAGGAGGUCGCUUCACUGGGCAACGGUGCUACGGCGGCUGAAAUUGAACCACCGCCAAAGUCUUUAGAAGAGAAGAAGGAGGAUUAGGCUGGUGUAGCGAUAUUAAACAAAUUAUUGUGGUAACUCGGGUGGUGUUUGUGUAGGUGGACAAUGUGAGAUAAAGAAAAGACAGACACGUUUAUUAGUGACAUUUGUGAUGCUUCUCAACUUGGACUUAAAACUGCAUGAACAAGGCUCCUGAGACUUAGAAGCUCGGCCUUGAAAUAGCGGAGCGAUGUAUUUUAUUUUGUUUCGUGCCGAGGGUUAUUUUUUUAUUGUAGCGUAUGUUUGUUGUGUUGCGAGGCCUGGAAGUCUGAAGCGCCUUUUUUAUUCUUAACCAUUUGCUAAAUGCUGGAAAACAAACCUAUAGGCGAGUCAAUUAGUUUUAUUUAGUCGACACCCGUGAUGACUGCCUGGGACCAUUCGUACCCAAACCUGCACCUCCUCCUAAAGUUGGCGGUCAUCACGUAGAGAAAAUGUUCCCCCCGAGAGGUCCCCCCUUUUUAAUGAGAGAUAUGCCUUCUGCAGAAAAAGUAUAUAUCAUUCACAAAUAGAAAAGAAUAAAAAAAAUAUUAUUGCCUGGCUUUAAAGAGGAAUGAAACUGAGGAAUAUAUUGCACUGCUCAUUCCACAUGAAUCAGUUUUUAUUUUAUUUAUUUUUUGUGUGUGUAUGUAUGUAUGUAUGUAUGUAUGUGUGCAAGUGUGUGUGUGUGUGUGUUACCCUCACAAAAAUGAUUUAAGGAAUGAUUUUAGUGGCAAUAGAGAGUACAGUCCAACAUGAGACAAGGGACACAGGGAACUUGGUGCUUCACAAUCCCAGACUGGGUUUUAUGCUGAUUGCUGGGGGAGUAAGGUUCCUGCUAUGGUAAGCUUGUUGAGGCCCUGUUGUGCUGACACUGGGUAAAACUAGUCAUCGUGAAGGAGGGAACUCUACCACCUGAUAACUAACAAGCAUUAUCACUUAGCUUUUAUUAUACAUUUGGGAAGGUGUGCAUUAUACUUUACAAAUAAUGUGCAAAUCUUAAUAAGUUUGUUGAUAGGUAAACUUUUAUUUUUGUGGUGUUAUAAAUGAGAGAACUGUACAGUACACAUGUAUUUCUUUUAGGUUCUUUGGUUUACUCAGCAAGAUAGGAUUGGUGAGCACAGCAGUGGCCUUGAAACAUUAUUAGGGAAGUGUCCUGUCUGAACUUUGUCAACUAGACUGAUGGAUGACACAGUUUACAUCGGUCACAUGUGUUGUGUUCUACCAUCAGCUCAGGUUUUAGUUCCCAGUGUAAUAUUUGUGUAUCAGUUGUCAGCAGUGGGCAGUUGUCAUGCUCUACAACAGAACCCUCCCUUCUCUCUCUCUCUCCCUCUUUUCUUUUUUUUUUUAAACCAGUGAUGUAAUGAUUUUGAUAAUUUCAUACUUUGUAUAAUAUUUAUAUAUUGUACUUUUGAGUUAUUUGGUAGGGUUAUUAAAUGUGUUAGAAUAUAUGAUUUAUUGACUACACUACUGUAUACUCCCAGACACAUCUUCUCAAAUUGGGAUUUACAGUAUAUGUAUUUAAUGGGAUUUUAACUUCGACUUUGGAAUUGUCAAGACUUUGCAUGUGAGUAAUUAGUUGUUUUAGUUGAAUUCUUGAAAGUGGUUGUCAAUGAGAAUGGAAAGUUGAUCUGUAAAGAAAUAAAACUCGUAAUAAAGGAGGGACUCGUAAUGCUGAUUAGUGGUUAACUGCAGUCUGUGCUUUGUGAAGGAAUGUAAGUCAUUUUCAUGCUUAUGGUUGAUAAUUUCCUUUUACCCUCGAGACAUCAUCCAACGCUUGUUUAUAAGUUUCCAGUAUUAAGCCACUGAACCAAACCCGAAGUGAAAGGUAUAAUGCUCGCUGGGCAGUACCUUCUGUGGUGCCAACCUUCUGUGUGAGAUGGAAUUAGUAUUUUAAUUUUAGACCAUUGAAUGAUUGGAAUGACAGCUCUGUUCUUUACCACGGUGAGUACUGUGACCCCACCUGACAUUGGCGUUAGAUUUGAGUCUCUUUGAUUUGUGAGUAAUAAUUGCCACUUAACCCUUGGAUGAGGAUGGUUUAACCCUUCAGAACUUGAUGGAUUAAUGAGACAGCUUGGCUGGUACAGUACAGUACGAGGCUUAGCUACCACACUCACUACUGUACAAGCUGACAGACCACAGUACAGUAUUAAGGUGCAUAUCUAGUGUGGUGGUUUCGAGAUUUUGUGAAAUUACUUGAAUAAACUUUUCCCUUAGGAUAAGAAAGACAAUA